AUGUGUCGAGAGACAGGUAAGACAGAGACAGCACUUCAGCCAAAGCGAGACAGAGACAACACAUCAGCCAGAGCGAAAGAUCAUUGUGCGAUCUGCUCCGUGCGCUUCAAGCGGCAAUGCGUGCGACAGAGACACCAAGAUGUUCACCGAUUGAAGUUCCUGUGCAACGAGUGCAACUAUGUGUCGAGAGACAGAGCGAAAGAUCAUUGUGCGAUCUGCUCCGUGCGCUUCAAGCGGCAAUGCGUGCGACAGAGACACCAAGAUGUUCACCGAUUGAAGUUCCUGUGCAACGAGUGCAACUAUGUGUCUAGAGACAGGGGGCAAGCGAGGAAGCACCACGCCAUGCACGCGGGCAAGACCUACGAGUGCCAACACUGUGGGAAGAGCUUCAUUAAGAGUUCGACAUAUUUGUCGCACGUGCGGCUGGCGCACCCCGCGAUGAAUGUGGCAUGCGACAUGUGCGGCGAGACGUUCAUAGGACAAGUUGGGCUCAAGAUGCACAAGGCCAGGAUGCACGCCGAGAAAAUCAAGUGCACCAUAUGCUCAGCCAAGUUCGUUAGCAUAUCCGCGCUGAACAGACACACAGACACGGCCGGCGAGCACGGAGACCUGCGGCCGUGCGAGCAGUGCGGCGAGAACUGUGCGAGCGAGGACAAGCUACAGGAACAUGUCAAGGAGACACAUCCUACAGAGUCACACCGGUGUGAGGAGUGCGGCAUGACGUUCCCGACGUUGUCGGCGUACGACGUCCACCACCGACGCAAGCAUCUCAACCAGCGCUACAGCGACGCCGGCCGCCAGCGACACACGACGCGCAAGAAAUACCCGCAAACACACAAGCACGGCCAGUUCGUGUGCGAGACUUGCGGGAAACUCAUGCAGGUUAGUGCCAACAGCCCAUCUCAACCAGCGCUACAGCGACGCCGGCCGCCAGCGACACACGACGCGCAAGAAAUACCCGCAAACACAAGCACGGCCAGUUCGUGUGCGAGACUUGCGGGAAACUCAUGCAGGUUAGUGCCAACAGCCCAUCUCAACCAGCGCUACAGCGACGCCGGCCGCCAGCGACACACGACGCGCAAGAAAUACCCGCAAACACACAAGCACGGCCAGUUCGUGUGCGAGACUUGCGGGAAACUCAUGCAGCGCUACAGCGACGCCGGCCGCCAGCGACACACGACGCGCAAGAAAUACCCCCAAACACACAAGCACGGCCAGUUCGUGUGCGAGACUUGCGGGAAACUCAUGCAGUGCUACAGCGACGCCGGCCGACAGCGACACACGACGCGCAAGAAAUACCCGCAAACACACAAGCAGGGCCAGUUCGUGUGCGAGACUUGCGGGAAGCUCAUGCAGGUUAGUGCCAACAGCCCAUCUCAACCAGCGCUACAGCGACGCCGGCCGACAGCGACACACGACGCGCAAGAAAUACCCGCAAACACACAAGCAGGGCCAGUUCGUGUGCGAGACUUGCGGGAAGCUCAUGCAGCCCAUCUCAACCAGCGCUACAGCGACGCCGGCCGCCACCGGCACACGACGCGCAAGAAAUACCCGCAACCACACAAGCACGGCCAGUUCGUGUGCGAGACUUGCGGGAAACUCAUGCAGGUUAGUGCCAACAGCCCAUCUCAACCAGCGCUACAGCGACGCUGGCCGCCAGUGACACACGACACGCAAGAAAUACCUGCAAACACACAAGCAGGGCCAGUUCGUGUGCGAGACUUGCGGGAAGCUCAUGCAGGUCAGUGCUGCCAACAGCCCAUCUCAACCAGCGCUACAGCGACGCCGGCCACCAACGACACACGACACGCAAGAAAUACCCGCAAACACACAAGCGGGGCCAGUUCGUGUGCGAGACUUGCGGGAAGCUCAUGCAGGUCAGUGCUGCCAACAGCCCAUCUCAACCAGCGCUACAGCGACGCCGGCCGCCAGCGACACACGACACGCAAGAAAUACCCGCAAACACACAAGCAGGGCCAGUUCGUGUGCGAGACUUGCGGGAAGCUCAUGCAGGUUAGUGCCAACAGCCCAUCUCAACCAGUGCUACAGCGACGCCGGCCGACAGCGACACACGACGCGCAAGAAAUACCCGCAAACACACAAGCAGGGCCAGUUCGUGUGCGAGACUUGCGGGAAGCUCAUGCAGCCCAUCUCAACCAGCGCUACAGCGACGCCGGCCGACAGCGACACACAACGCGCAAGAAAUACCCGCAAACACACAAGCAGGGCCAGUUCGUGUGCGAGACUUGCGGGAAGCUCAUGCAGCGCUACAGCGACGCCGGCCGCCACCGGCACACGACGCGCAAGAAAUACCCGCAACCACACAAGCACGGCCAGUUCGUGUGCGAGACUUGCGGGAAACUCAUGCAGGGCCAGUUCGUGUGCGAGACUUGCGGGAAGCUCAUGCAGGUCAGUGCUGCCAACAGCCCAUCUCAACCAGCGCUACAGCGACGCCGGCCACCAACGACACACGACACGCAAGAAAUACCCGCAAACACACAAGCGGGGCCAGUUCGUGUGCGAGACUUGCGGGAAGCUCAUGCAGGUCAGUGCUGCCAACAGCCCAUCUCAACCAGCGCUACAGCGACGCCGGCCGCCAGCGACACACGACACGCAAGAAAUACCCGCAAACACACAAGCAGGGCCAGUUCGUGUGCGAGACUUGCGGGAAGCUCAUGCAGGUUAGUGCUGCCAACAGCCCAUCUCAACCAGCGCUACAGCGACGCCGGCCGCCAACGACACACGACACGCAAGAAAUACCCGCAAACACACAAGCAGGGCCAGUUCGUGUGCGAGACUUGCGGGAAGCUCAUGCAGAACGCCACCGCGCUCAGAACGCACCAGCGCUCCCAUCUGGACAUCAAACCCUUCGCCUGCAACGAAUGCCCGAAGAGCUUCACUCUCAAGACAUCCUUGCAAUGGCACAUGCGUUCGCACACAGGGGAGAAGCCGUACCAGUGCCCCGAGUGCCCGCUCGCCUUCAGCCUGAAGGGGAACCUCGACCGCCACCACAAAACUGCACACCUGGGCAUGCGCCAAAGCGUCCCCUGUCCGAUCUGCGGCCGCAUCUUCACCACCAACUCCUGCGUCAGAGUCCACAUCAAGACAGUCCACCACGGCCAGCCGGGGCCCAAGCGGGACCGACGCAAGCGGAACAAGUUCGGCAAGGAGCUAGUCCACGAGACGGUGCACCACGGCCAGCCGGGGCCCAAGCGGGACCGACGCAAGCGGAACAAGUUCGGCAAGGAGGUAGUCCACAAGACGGUGCACCACGGGCAGCCGGGGCCCAAGCGGGACCGACGCAAGCGGAACAAGUUCGGCAAGGAGGUAGUCCACGAGACGGUGCACCACGGCCAGCCGGGGCCCAAGCGGGACCGACGCAAGCGGAACAAGUUCGGCAAGGAGGUAGUCCACGAGACGGUGCACCACGGCCAGCCGGGGCCCAAGCGGGACCGACGCAAGCGAAGCAAGUUCGGCAAGGAGCUAGUCCACAAGACGGUGCACCACGGCCAGCCGGGACCCAAGCGGGACCGACGCAAGCGGAACAAGUUCGGCAAGGAGGUAGUCCACAAGACGGUGCACCACGGCCAGCCGGGACCCAAGCGGGACCGACGCAAGCGGAACAAGUUCGGCAAGGAGGUGUUAGAUAAUAAAUAA